UAGUGGCAAUCGCACGGAAGACGACGACAGUGCCACUGGCCUGUUCGCCAACUCGUUGUUUGCCCUGCGUGGGCAAAAGUGGAAAGACAUGCGAUCGACGUUGAGUCCGGCGUUUACCGGCAGUAAGAUGCGGGUCAUGUUCGACCUGGUGGUCGAAUGUAGCCAAUCUAUGGUGGAACACUUCCGCUCGGAAGCGAAGGCUGGCAAGAGGUUGGAGUGUGAGAUGAAGGAUGUCUUCUCGCGGUUCGGUAAUGACGUGAUCGCUACUGUAGCGUUCGGUAUCAAGGUCGAUUCGCUACGCGAUCCCUCGAAUGAAUUCUACGUGAAAGGAAAACAGAUGCUGGACUUCCAGUCAUUUACGAUUGUUAUCAAGUUUCUACUUUUUGCUACUAUGCCCUGGCAGCUGCGGAAGCUGAAAGUGGACUUCGUAGAUGCCGAUUUGGCCGAGUUUUUCAAGAAGAUCAUAAAGGACAACAUGAAACAGCGGGAAGUCCAUGGAAUCGUGCGCAACGAUAUGAUUCAAAUGCUGAUGGAUGUUCGGAAGGGUACUCUGAAGCAUGGCAAAGACGAACAAGAAUUGAACGAUGCAGGCUUUGCAACGGUCAAAGAGUCCCAGGUUGGAAAGUCAACGCAUGCAAGGGUUUGGACGGAGAACGAACUGACGUCGCAGUGCUUCCUGUUCUUCCUGGCUGGAUUCGACACCGUAUCGUCCUGUUUGACUUUCUUGGCCUACGAGCUUACGCUCAAUCCGGAUAUCCAGAAUCAGCUGUAUGAAGAAGUGGCGGACACGGAACGAUCCCUCGGCGGGAAAGCUCCGAGCUACGAAACACUCCAGAAGAUGAAGUACCUGGAUAUGGUGGUUUCGGAAACUCUCCGCAAGUGGACUCCGACCGUGGAUACCGAUCGUUACGCCAACCGAGACUACCUGGUCGACGAUGGAGCUGGGUUGCAGUUUGUCAUCGAAAAUGGCCUACAAAUCAACAUUCCGAUCCUGGCGAUCCACAACGAUCCCAAAUAUUUCCGCAAUCCCGAGCGGUUCGAUCCGGAGCGAUUCAGCGAGGAGAAUCGAUCGAAGAUCGUUCCGGGGUCCUAUCUGCCGUUCGGAGCGGGCCCGAGGAACUGCAUUGGAUCGCGAUUGGCACUGAUGGAGGUGAAACUGGUGGUAUACUAUCUGCUGAAGGAUUUCAGCUUCGAGCCCACCGAGAAGACGGACGUGCCGAUAAGGCUUACCAAGAAAGCCGUCGAUGUGCGGACCGAGAACGGUGCUUGGGUGGAGUUCAAACCGAGGAAGUUGUAGGUGCUGGCGAGUUAGUUUAGCUGUUCAACAUACCUUGGAAGGGUCGGGUGUAGCCGUAAUCGUAGUCAUAGUUGCUUUACUGCUUACCUGUAAUGGAAG